AUCGUUUCGGCGGUCGUGUGAUACAGACGGAAAGAAACUGAUGCGCCGGGUUACGGAAAUAUUUACAAAAUGUAGUGAAAUGUUUAGUGAGAACAAAAUGUUUUAGUUAAAUAAAAGUUUAUUUGACUUGUUCUUCGUCGUCUUCUCUGUUUUAAUUAAAAUAAAACAAUUAAUAUAAUUGUGUUAACACAAAAAUUGUUGGGAGAAUAAAAUAAAUGGCAAAUGGUGUUUUAAAAAAUAAAUAAAUUGUGUGACACAUAAAUGAAGAUAUUUAUAUAUACAUACUGUGUGUGCGGCUAUUGAUAUAUAAUCUACAUUAAGCCUUCAACCACAUGUCUAAAUAUUCGGUAAAUAAAGAAAAUAAAUUUCAAAAAAUUUAGACGAAUUAUAAAAGAUAAUUGUUGUUAAAAUGUUAUGGUGUUGAACGGUGAAUUAAUUGAACCGAACGGAAGUGCAUCACAUAUCGUCCGUUAAAAGCUUUAAACUUUGAAUUUGUUUCGAAAUUUUUAUAACUGGAUGUACAAAUUCCCCCAGUCAAACGAGAAUUAUAAAUGAUACAAAAUGUGAUGCCAUAAUUAUUUCACACAUACACCGACCGUAGCAGGUAGAUUAUUAUAAUUUAUUGUGUUCAUUUAAAACAAUUUUCCGAUAAAUCAAUAAAAGUGAAUUCAAUAUUACAACAAUCUGCAAAAUUUUGAUAAAUUUUGUUCGAUGCAAAAAAAAAGCAAAGUCAAUUAACACAGACGUUACGUAAAACACACGUGAUAUAUACAUAAAUAACGGUAUAAUAACACACCAAAUUUUGCGAUGAAAUCAACGUAGAAAAAAAAAUUACAUAUUGUACGGAUCCAAUUUCAGCAUGGUUAAUGGAAAUGUUGUAGGAUUAUUUUUUAUCAAAUUGGUAAUAUGUUCUGCGAAUUUCAAUUCAGUGUCUUCAAAUUUCCACGAAUUAGGUCUUACGCUUAUCAACGAAGGCGAAGACGUCGUAUCAAACAGCGACACAGGAUGUCCGUUGGGAUACUUCGAAUGCAAUGACACCGCAUCGACUUUGUGUCUAGCUCAACGGAAAAUAUGCAACGACAUUGUUGACUGUGAGGAUGGGACGGAUGAAAUGAAUUGCGAGGAUCACUUAAAGAAUCUGUUUUUCGAUCAUUCCUUCCGAAAAAAUCCUGAAGCCCAAUUAGACGAUGUAAUCGUCGGUGAAUGUGCCUGGAAAGAUACUAUCCACAAAACGAAUUGUGAUUGCAAAGGAUAUGACAUUUCGUGCCGAAAAAGAAAUUUAACUAAAUUACCUUCACAUCUACCCACGGACGGCAUCGGCAGACUUAAUCUUGCGGAAAACCAAUUUUCCGUCAUAGGAAAACAUUUCUUCGAUACCUUGCCGGAAGUGGAAUUGCUAAUCUUAAGACAUUGUUCGAUAAGGCAGAUAUUGUCGGACGCAUUUAGAGUAUUAAGUGACAUUGAUUUACAUACCAUCUACCUAGGCCAGAACCAACUCACGUCUUUACCGGAACGAUUCUUUCCGCCGGGUAAUCGACUGGAAAGAUUAAUGUUGGAAGGAAACUUCAUUGAGGAGCUACCGGUACCAUCUUUUGCAAAUCUGAUUCACUUGGUUGAAUUAGAUCUACGAGACAAUUGUAUAUCAUCGUUCAGUGCAGCAACGUUCGAACAAUUGAUUCAAUUGGAAUUGUUGAAUUUGAACAACAAUCGCAUUGUGGCACUAACCACAAACAUGAUACCGCAAUUGAGUAAUUUGCUGACGUUAAAUUUGGAACAAAAUUUUAUUGAGUUUAUCGAAAAUGCGGCACUCACGCUGCCGUCUCUGGAAAAUUUAUAUCUGCAAAAUAACAAAUUGAAGUAUCUUAUCAACGGCACGUUUAGCCAUUUACCGAACUUAAAAUGCCUAUUUCUAAGUGACAACGAAAUACAAGGCAUUCAAUUGGCAUCGUUUCAUGGAAUCGAAAAUCUGACAUCGUUAGAUCUGAAUAAGAAUCCAUUUCUUACGGCCAGGCCAAUAAUAUUCAGUCAUUUGGCGAAGUUGGAACACGUAUACUUUCGAUGGUUUCACUUAUGCGGUGCAGUGUUGCAUGUACGUGACUGUCAGCCCAAAGGUGAUGGCAUCAGCAGUACACAUCAUCUACUCGACAAUAUAUUCCUGAGGCAGAGCGUAUGGUUUAUGGCAGGAGUUGCAAUAUUCGGUAAUAUAAUGGUGUUGCUGGGGCGAUGUUUAAUGCGAUCGAAACGACACCACAACAUUGAACAUGAUUUGUUUCUGAAAAAUUUAGCUGCAAGCGACCUCCUAAUGGGUGUCUAUUUGGCAAUUAUCGCAUUCACCGACAUUAAUUACAGAGGAGUUUAUGUGCUGUAUGACGAGGAAUGGAGAAAUAGUGUCAUGUGCUCGAUGUGUGGCUUUCUCAGCACACUAAGUUACCAGUCAUCCACUUUGAUAUUGAGUGUAGUGACGUGGGAUCGACUUAUAUCUGUAACACGUCCACUGCAACCACGUUCGUCUAGCAGAAUCAGGGCAAUUCUGAGGCUAUCAAUUUUGUGGCUUGUAGCUGGAUGUUGUGCGGCAGCACCGUUCUUCGAUGAUAAUUACUUCGGUGAACAUUUCUAUGGGACGAAUGGUGUUUGCUUGUCGAUACAUAUACACGACCCUCUUGGCCAGGGUUGGGAAUAUUCCGUUUGCUUAUUCAUUUGUGUCAAUACAGUGGCAUUGCUCUUCAUAGUGUUUUCGUAUGUAAGAAUGCUUCGAGCGAUUCGUGGGUCGGGUGAAGCAAUGCGAAGCACUGUCAGUGGAAGGGAGAAUGCUGUUGCUACGAGAUUUGCCAUAAUCGUUAUGACGAACUGUUGCUGCUGGUUACCAAUAGUAAUUGUCAAACUCGUCGCUUUAUGUGGUGUUGCUAUUCACGAACAUCUUUAUGCUUGGAUUGCAGUCUUCGUUUUACCGGUUAAUUCUGCACUUAAUCCGGUUCUAUAUACUCUUACAACAGCCGCUUUCAAGCAACAGAUGAAUAAAAUAUGCGUAAAUAUACCGUGCGGAAGGGAUGAAGAAUCGCACAACAACAAUGGCUAUGAAUCUGCAGCUAGCUUUAGUAUGGGCCACAUGCCGAAUGGAAGUGGUGCUACCAAACAUUUACUUACCAGACGGACCACUCAAACCACACUCACAUUCAGUUGCAAACGUCCAACUGUAGUAUAAUAAGUUUAAAAUAAAAGACUUGUCGAUAAGGUUAUUAAGUGAUACUAGGGAGCCUAAUAAUUAUAUUCCGCUAUUAAAAUGUAAACGAAAUGUUUUUAGUGUAAGUCUAAGAAAUAAAGUUAAAGAUCUCAGUGUUAGCAUUAAA